AUGGGAGAGGAACAAGCUAAGAACUUACUUAAAGAAAUGAUUUCCAACUUUAUCACCCAAGAUAAAAACUACCCGCAAGGCUUAAAUUUGAAUAAUAAAGCCAAAUUUAUCGGCUCCGUUUUCGGCAGUAGGUUAGAAGCCGGCAAAAAAGAAGAAGUGAUUAAAGAAACUCGCACGGUUUUAAAUGGUUUGGUAGAAGCCAAAGUGAACGAACAAGCCAGCAAAGAUUAUGACGAAACUAAUAAAAGGAGUAAAAACCCUAAUACGAUUAGAAAACUAGCCGGAUUAUAUAAAUUAACUGCUGCCAAAAUAGAUUAUCAAAAAAUGAAAAAUGAAGAAGGGAAAAUGAAUAAAAUCAAUAAUGAAAUUGGUGAAAAUUAUGUCCAAAGUCCCUCCAAAUUCUCUACUCUGUUGAACGUUUUUGCGACAGCAGAAAUAAUUGGCAAGUCAACCAAUAAAGAAAAACGGGAAGAAAUUGAAAAUAAUCCCCAAACAUUAGAGGGGUUAUCCCAGGAACUAGCCAACCAUUUAAUCAAUUAUAAAGGUAGCAGCGAAGCAACUGCUUAUUGUUUAAGACUAGCCGAUAUUUUAAACGAAAAUAUUAAAGAAUUUUUGACCGGGGAUGAGGAUAUUGCCAAAUCAGAGAAUUUAAAAAAACUAGCCAAUGAAGCCAUUGAGGAAAACGCAAUGGAUGGCUAUUAUAACUUGUUGAAAAGUUUCAGAAAAAGUUAUGACGAAUUAACAAAACUUAAAGGCAGUGAAGAUAAUGCUGAUAAUAUGGCAACUUUUUCAGAAAGAAUAAAAAAUUUAGAAAGUAGGGUUGAAAAACUGCUUGUUGUUUUAGAAACAGCCGAAAAGGAACUAGACCAAAUAGAAAAAACAAAUAAAAAAGACCUUGCUGAAAAACUCGGCGGACAAAAACCAACAAAAGGAAAUGGAAAUGGAACAGGUUCGGAUCCUUCCGGAACAGAAGAAAGAAAAGAAAUCAAACUCAAAAGGAUGGUAAAAUUCGCCCAUUUUGAAGAAAACGGGACUCUGUCAGACGAAGCAGAUAGAAUUUGGGUUUUUACUGGCUAUACUGAUCAUAAUUUUCCUCACAAAGCUCUCCAGCACUAUAAUCAAUUUGCCAUGGUGGAAAUUGAUAAUGUUGAAUAUAUGGUGCGUUGGCAUAAACAAUUUGCUAAUAGUUAUGUUUAUGAAGGAGACGAAAAGGUGUUUUCCCUCGAUGGUUUACCUGAGGCUUUUGCUCCUUUAAUCGGCAAAAAUGAAAGAAGAUACAUGGAACGCGUGGGAGAAGGCACUCGUUGCUUAUUAACUGAACUUGACUUAGGAAAGCCGCCAGUUAAAUCUAAAACUUCUUCAAAUGGGGGUUCAAACAACAGUAAUUCAAGUGGAGGUUCGGGCGACAAUGGAAAUUCAGAAAAUAAAGAUAUUCACUUACCAAAAGCAGAAGAAAAAGAGAUUGAUGAUGAAAACAAACCAAAGACCAAUUUAGUAAAGAACCCAAGUAAAACUUUGCUAAUUAAUUAUAAAGUUGUUAAUAUUUAUAAAUUGUCCGACAUGAAAAAAUUAGGAAAACAGUUGUUUCGCACCAAAACUUCUUCUGGUGCUACUAUUGGUGGGGGAUUAGGUGCUGCCGUAGUUGGACUUUUUGCUAUCCUUGGAGCACCCAUUACCUUGGGCGCAAUUGGUGCAAUAACUGGCGAAGAAGAAAAUUUAGCUAACCGCGGAGGAAUUGAAUUUGGAGUUGAUUCUGGCAAAGGUUUAACCGAUAAAUCUUACCAAGCAGAAUAUACUAUUGAUGAGGGAAAAAGCGGAGCCAAAGAACUCUGUGACCCAAGAACAAAAAAAUACGGAAGGUCUGCUAAUGGAAAAUUUAUUCUUAAUCCUGACCCUAAAAGUGUUUCGGCUAAUAUUGCUAAACAUUAUAAAGAAAAACAUUGCUACUUUAAUUUUCAAUCUUAUGGUGAUGAUUUUGCUCAAUAUUAUGGGAUAACUCCUCUUAAUAAUAAUCCUGCUAAAUACGGGAUUAAGUGGCAAGUUGACUUUACUCAUUAUGUUGUUGCUUAUAUUGGUGGUAAAUUAUUAUCCCAAUCAGCAAUUGCUACCGCCACAGCAUCCGGGCAGAAAGGCGUGGAUGCUGCCCAAGCUUAUGGCGAAAAAAUGGCAGCAAGAAAAUACAAAGACAGCGGAAGACUUUAUGUGAAUGCGGCUCAAGCUACUAUGGACGAAAGAGUAUCGUUAGCACAAACCACGGCAGGACUCCGAGCGGGUAGCCAAAUGACGCGUGCUGUUGGUCGUUCUUUCGCCGGAGCUACUCGCUUAUUUGGUGGCGGCAAAGGUUCUUAUACUUCCGGCAUUAAUGAAUUUAUUCAAAAUAAAGCUCAUUUUCCACCUUUACCCGAAAAAAAAGAUUUUGGCAAAUGUCAAGGCACCGGUAGACAAGUUUUUGCUAAUGCUCAUGCCUCUCCUAAUCCUUUAAUUGAUUAUAUGACUGGUAAUUCUGUUUUUAUUUACCAAAAGUGUUGCGGUAAACAACCACAUGAAAAAACUUGUAAAAGACCGCGUUUGACAUUAGAUGACUUUUUUAGUGGUUUUGAAUAUAACUCAACUAAUAAAAUUCCUUUGGGCAAUGGCAUAGGAAGUGCAGGAGCUUAUGUAAACACUGUUGCUGGUGGUGUUGCUAGGAACGGCAAACUGAUGGGACAAGAAUUAGAAUUUGGCAAAGGUGAUGAAAGUUAUAAUUACUUAAUUACUCGUUAUGCUUUAACUGAACCAAAUGCCGAAACUAUACAAGUUAAAAAAACAGAAUCAAACGUCAAUAUUCCUUCUUCCUCUGCUUCUCUCAAAGAAGAAUUAGGAGGAAUGACCGUUUCUUUGCCCCAAGUUCUUGGUCAAGGAGUAGUCAUGCCCGAAAGUAUCCAAAGUAUGUUAAACACUGACGAUGUUAAAGUUGAUUUGGAAACGCCCGAAAUGCCACAAAUGGAAGGUCUUAAAGAAGGUCAGCAACAGCAAGAACAAAUCUUCCAAAAUAUCGGCACCGGAGAACAAAAUCUCAACACCGAAAGAGGAGGAGUUCCAGCCGAGAAAACCAAAGACAAAGAGAAAAUUGGAGAAAAUGAAUACUGGCAAAAUUUAAUAGAAAAUAACCCUUUGUAUGCUCAAUUAUUUAUUGAAGAAGAAGUAGAUUUAGAUAAAUUGCCCACAGGAACACCAACUUCUCCGCCUCCUCCUGUUAAAGAAGAGUUAAGGAGUUUAAAAGAGAGCAAAGAUUUAGCCGAAUUACAACUCAAACAAGAAAAAGAACAAAAAGAAUUAGCAGAGCAACAAAAAAAAGCUGAUUUAGAACUAAAAGACAAAGAAAUCAAAGACUUAAAUGAAAAAAUUGACAAAGAAAGAGAAAAUUAUGCUAAAUUACAAUCUUUCAUUAAAACUUCCGGCACAGAAGCUGGCAAAUACAAGGCAAUAAUUGAAGCCAAUAACCAAAAAAUUAAGGAAUUAGGAAUAGCAGAAAAGCAAGCCAAAAGUGAUUUGGUUAAAAAGGAAGAAGAAAUUAACCUUCUGAGAAGCCAAAAAGACAAAGAAUUAUUAGUUAAACAGCAAAAAAUUGAGCUUUUGGAGUUAACUGGAAAAAAUUUAACUACUGACCAACAAUCUUUAAUUGACAAACACCAAAAAGACCUUAUUCAAUUACAAGAACUUCACCAAGAAGAAUUGGCAAAGAAAAAUCGCGUUUAUGAAUUUACUUGUGAAACAAUAAGCAAAGCAGACAAAGAAGUAAAGAAAAUUAUUGAAGUUUAUGAUAGAACUUUUGAGAUUGAAGAAGAAAUUAACGAAAACCCAAUAACUCCUUCUGAAAAAGCGGAAUGCAAAGGAACUGUCAAAGAAGUUUUUGUUAAAUCUACUAUUAAAGCCUUAAAAGAUAGUUAUUUGGAUUCUCACGAGCAAUUAAGAGAAUUACAAAAAUUUGUCAAUAAUAAAAAAAGUUUACUGGUAGAUAACCCUAAUUUAUUAAAAUAUUUAAAUGGUUGGGAGAAAUUAGAAGUUUUAGUUAGCAAAAAAGACACUUUAAAGCACACAAUUCAAAGCCGAUUAGAUGAAUUUGGUUUGACUAAACAGCAAUUUGAUGACUAUCUUCAAGCCACGAUUGAAAGUGAAAAAGACUUUGAAGAACUGGAAGAGCAAUUAUUAUCGGCUUUGACCGAGUUUUUUGUUUAUUAUUAUACUGAAACUGGCUACUUUGAAAAUAAGGGAACCAAAAACAAAGAGGCUUUACAAAAAUAUGUUGCUAAAUACCGAACUGAAAUUGAUUUAAAAGUUUAUAAAAACAGCAAGGAUUUAUUAAACAAAAAAAUAGAAGUCGUGUUAGCGACCAAAAAUAUAGCCGACAAUGUUGGAAAAGGAGAAGUCCAAAGCAAAGGAAUUGACAAUUACUUUUCAGAAUUAAAAGGAAAAUUGGCAGAUUUAGGCGAUUCAGAACAACAAAAAGCAUAUUUUGAUAAUUUAUUAAGCGAGAUUAAACCUGAUUCAGAAGUUAAUGUAGAAGUUAGUUUGCGUUAUAAUGAUAUUAAGAAAAAAGUUAAUGAAUUACUUGGAGAAAAAUUAACGGGCAAAUUAACCUUUCAAGCCCAAGAAAUUAAAUUCAUUCUCCCCAGUUCUCCCAAAAUGUUAAUUAAUCGGCAAAUUGAGAUUAAAUUAAAGAGCAAUAGCUUAGCAAGCGAAGGAUUUACUUUAAAAGAAACGGGACAACGCCUGCUUCGCUUGCGGUUAGGGAACCAAAAGGACGAAAACAUUUACAAAUUUUUACAAAAAGAACUAACUGAUAAAAUUGAUGUUAAAAUAACUUUAAAUAUCCUUGAUUCCCACAAAAUUGAUUACCGAGAAGAAGCCGGAGCCAAAAAUAGACCAACCACUUUACAAGCCGUAAUAGACAAAGGCAAACAAAUCCGCCAAGAAAAAGGCGACCCGUUAGCCGGAAUUGACUUAAAAGGGGCUGAAUACAAUAAAUUAACCACUGGUGCCUUUGGACAAAACACCAACGCCGUUAACGAACUCAAAGAAAUUAAAGGAAAAAUGGCAAGAUUUAGCCAAGCCGACGAAAAACACCCUAAACAUUACCGCGUAUUAGAAGCCGGCAAGGAUGGCAAUUGUUAUUUAAACUCUAUGGCUAACCUUUUAACUGGCGAAAAAAGCCGGGAAAAAGAAGUAGCAAUUAAGUUGCGAGUUAGAUUAAUUCUUGAAUUAAUGACUAACCAAGACAUUAUGGAGCAUAUUUAUCCUUUGAAUGAAAUCAGCAGUUUUAAUGUUAGUGAUGGAGAAAUCAAAUUAACCAGAAAUAAAGCUUACAUGUCGAACGAUGAUGUGAAAUAUUUUGUUCCUUUCUUAAAAAGACCAAUUACCAUAAUUUAUCCUGCCGAGGGUGCUGCUUUAAACAACCAAGAUGCCCAGGAGACGGGUGAAUUUAAAGGCUUUUCUCGCACCACUCAACCUUUUUUGGAGGAAUUAAACCCUAAAUUAACUGAACAAAAGGCAAUUCGAAUUUAUUUUUCUAGCGAUAUUUGUGAUGCCGGGAACAUCGGAACACCUGAUGGCAUUCGGGUGGAUAAUGGCGAAAUUCAUUUAGACGAAGCUAACGUGGAAGACGUUAUUUUGGUCAAAGGCUCAGCAAUAAGUCCUCAUUCUUCACCUCUUAAGUUAAAUUCUAUCAAUAUUGUACGGAAGUUUGCCAAGAUUAGGAUUUCCACUUCCGAUAAACAAACCCAAACUGAUUUAACCAGCCAACAAAUAGCAGAAUUAAUGGAAUUCAAAGCCCAAAUUCAAGCAAUUGCUAAAAAAGAUUAA